AUGGUUCGAGUCCUCCCAUCACUUCUCGCCAUUGGCGCGGUAUUGGACCAGGCAUUGGCCGCCUGUCUUUCUACGCCCAAGGCUACAACGCUGAACGGGACAUACACUGGUGUCCGCAUCCGCGAGUUUGAUCAAGAGGCUUUUUGGGGGGUACGCUAUGCAAAGGCUUCUCGUCUUCGUAACCCUCAGUCCUUGACCGAUUCUUGGGAGGGCGUAAGGUCUGCGGCGUCUUACGGCGCACUCUGUCCGACCACACCCAACCCGACUGCUUUCGCCGACGCAGGGUUCAAGUACAGCGAUGACUGCCUCAACCUCAAUAUUCUCCGUCCAGCCCGUACAACACCUGGUGACAAGCUGCCUGUUGCGGUAUGGAUCCAUGGAGGUAGCUUUUCAGCCGGUUUCGGGCCUGACGGCAAUACAAACACAUCCUAUGUCGUCAAGGCGAGCGUGGAAAACGAGCUUCCGAUCAUCACAAUCACGCUCAACUAUCGUCUCGGCUUCCUCGGCUUUCCUGGAGGUCCUGAUGCCACGGCUGCUGGCAUCACGAACCUCGGUCUCAAGGACCAGCAUCUUGCUCUGCGCUGGAUUCAGGAGAACAUUGCCGCGUUCGGUGGCGACCCUGACAAGGUGACCCUCUGGGGUCAAUCGGCUGGCGCCAUGUCCAUCACCCACCAGCUCCUUGCCUACGGAGGAAACGGUGCUUCCGGUCUGUUCCGCGGCGCCAUCGCCGUGAGCGGAACCGGCGGCCUGGGCACUAAUAGCCUGACCCCUGACGAGGCGCGAGUGUCGCAGGCCUACGACACCGUUCUUAACCUGACCAGGUGUGCGAAUGCCGGGGACAGACUCGAGUGCCUACGAGAGGUAGACUACAAGGCCCUCUACGACGUCGGCCAGCAGGCCUCCGCGGCGGCAGGCCUUGCGCCCUUGUGGUGGCCCUCCGUCGAUGGGGAUUUCAUCACCGAGUCCCCGAGCCUGCAGCUCGCCGCCGCUCAGCUGCUCCAGCAGUUCUUCGGGCCGAUCGAGGAUGACGCGACGCUCCUCUUCAUUCUCGGCGCUCUCUUCUUCCCAGCUGCCCGGCCAGAGGUUCUGCAGAAGAUCCUCGACGCGUACCCCGUGGACGCGCCGUCGCCGCCGUACUCGUUGCCCAUGAAAGCUGCCAGUGGCGAGGACGUCUUCUGCGACGCCAUGAAGGCGGCAGGCCAGCUCUGUGGAGCGCAGUAUAGGCGCACGGCCGCCAUUUUUGGCGACUUUCAGAUCAUCAACGGGCGGAGGUUCUUCGCGGAGAGUCUUGCUAAGCAGGGCGUUGACGUGUUCAGCUACAGGUUCGACACGAACCCGACUUCCAUUCCGAUCAGCAGCAUCCUGACGCCCGGUUUCACGGCGCAUUCCACCGAGUACACGUACUUCUUUGACCUGCCGCCUGGGUAUAACAUGUACGGUAUGAACCCGCAGGUUGUGAACAUCAGCUCUCACCUCGGGCUUUCGAGGGGCAUCGUGGAUAAAUUCAUCUCGUACAUUGCUACUGGUGAUCCCAACACGUUUAAAGUGGACGUUAUCCCAAAGUGGCCUACAUACGACUUGGCGUCACCGAAGAAUAUGCUACUCAACGCGACCGAGUCUGAUAACAAGAUCAAUGUUCGUCUUGAGCCCGAUACGUGGCGUGCCGGAGGCAUGGCUUUGUGGCCGCAGUAUCCGAUUGAACUUGACCUUGGAAGUACAUGGAGGCCACAGACGUGA